GAGGCUCUGCUGCAGCGUUAGCUAGCUCGAUCGAGCUGCAUUCGAAACAAUUCGAGCCAUGGGCGAGCUCACUGAGCCAGUAGUAUUUCCUCCUCUCUACGUACUCCUUCCUCUGCUCGUCAUCGUCCCCUUGCUCUACCUGUUCCGGCCGUCGUCGCGUCAGAACGGAGGAAUCCAACGGCGGCUGCCGCCGUCACCGUGGGCGCUCCCCGUCAUCGGCCACCUCCACCACCUCGCCGGCGCGCUCCCGCACCGCGCGAUGCGGGACCUGUCGCGCCGCCACGGCCCGCUCAUGCUGCUCCGGCUCUGCGAGCUGCGCGUCGUCGUCGCCUCCUCCGCGGACGCCGCGCGGGAGAUGCUGAGGACCCACGACCUCGCCUUCGCCGGCCGGCCCAUGACGCCCACGGGCAGGGUCCUCCUCGGGGACAGCCCCGGCGUCAUCGCCGCGCCCUACGGCCGCGCGUGGCGGCAGCUCCGCGUGAUCUGCACCCUCGAGCUCCUCACCGCCCGCCGCGUCCGCUCCUUCGGCCCCGUGCGCGCGGAGGAGGUCGGCCGGCUGCUCCGCUCCCUGGCGCCGGAGCCGGGCUCGGCUCCGGCCGCGGUGAACCUGAGCAAGCGGAUCGCCGCGUGCGUGGCGGACUCGGCGGUGCGCGCCGUCAUCGGCAGCCGGUUCGCGGACCGUGGCGCGUUCCUGCGGCUGCUGGAGCGGAGGAUGAAGCUCGUGCCGGCCAAGUGCCUGCCGGACCUCUUCCCGUCGUCACGGCUGGCGAUGCUCGUCAGCUCGAUGCCGUGCCGGAUUAGGAGGGAGCGCCGCGAGAUGAUGGAGUUCGUCGACGCCAUCGUCCGCGAGCACCAGGAGAACAGGGUGGCCGCCGGCGACGACGAGGACCUGCUCGAUGUCCUCCUCAGGGUCCAAAGCGAGGGCGAGCUCGAUCCUCCCCUCACCGACGACGACAUCAAGACCGUUAUCAUUGACAUGUUCAUGGCGGGGAGCGAGACGUCGGCGACGUUGCUGCAGUGGGCGAUGGCGGAGCUGGUGAAGAACCCGGGAGCGAUGCGCAAGGCGCAGGAGGAGGUCCGGCGGGAGGUGGCCGGGCGCGUCACGGAGGACGCCCUGGGGAGCCUCCGCUACCUGGGCCUGGUCAUCAAGGAGACGCUCCGGCUGCACCCUCCGGCGACGCUGAUCCUGCGCGAGUGCCGGGCCGCGUGCCGGGUGCUGGGGUUCGAGGUGCCGGCGGGGGCGAUGGUGCUGGUCAACGCGUGGGCCAUCGGGCGGGACGCGGCCAGCUGGGGCGCCGACGCCGAGGAGUUCCGGCCGGAGCGGUUCGACGGCAGCGGCGUGGACUUCAAGGGCACGGACUUGGAGUACAUCCCGUUCGGCGCCGGGCGGCGGAUGUGCCCAGGGGUGGCGUUCGGGCUGGCCAACGUGGAGCUGGCGCUCGCCAGCCUCCUGUACCACUUCGAGUGGGAGGUGCCGGAGCCCGGGGAGGAGCUGGACAUGGCCGAGGCCAUGGGACUCACCACGCGGCGGCGCUCCGAUCUCCUCCUCGUUCCCAAGCUCCGCGUGCCUCUGCCUUGUUGAGUUGUUAACGAGGAGACUAAGCAAAGCAGUAUAUAGUUUUUUACUCAACUAGUCAAAAAUGUCAAUAACAAUAAGCAGUUACUUUGCCUGGAGCUGCACUUGAUGAGCCUUAACUAGUAAACGGUUCUUAAGGAGUAUACUAUAUCAAGCAGGAUGUGUACAUGUCAAAGCAUUUUCAGAAAAAAGUUUUUUUCAA